CAAAUCUAUUACAUUUAUUGAGGUUGAUGUAAAGUACAGCAGAAGAAAACGACUAAAGAUAGAUAGUAUCAGAUGUCAGGCAAUAGGGCAGGUUACCGGCCUGGAGCUCCUAUUCCGUAUAGGCCGGAUCAGCCCCCUCAAAAGAGAUACGGAUUUCACCCAGCACAGUACCACAAAGCUCAAGCUAAUGAUGUGUACCUACAGUAUCAGAAACAGGUCGCCAGAGACAAGGCUGAAACUCUGAAGAAACGAAGCGAAAGAAAUCUUGACGGAAAGCUUAAGAUAAAUAACUUGGAGCUCGUUUUCCUUACAAUAAAUAGCAGGAGAUGGUUUGGUAUCAGUCAGAUAGUAUCAGUUCUAUUUUCUCACCGACCUAGGUCGAGUGUGGUAACGAGAAUGAAGAUGUUAGGAAUUGAGUUUUAUUGCGGUAAUUACGAUGAGUUGAGAAGGAUGAAGGAGCUGGGUGGCGUGGAAACUCACUGCUCUCGGUGCAAACUCAUUAGUGAACAGGACUUGGUGAAGCUGCUCCUCUGUUUCUAUCGAUUUACAGCCCUUCCUCGUGGCAAGGGGAAAAUAAGCACGAAUGGGCUCAGCACGUAUCUGGAUGAUAUACUUCGGGAAAUAGCGAUGGGAAGAGUUGAACUCGGCAAAGAUUUUCACGAGGACGAUACUGGUAAGAUAGAUGAAGACACUUGGAGUCAGAUCAGUGAGAGGAUGUUGUUGAAAAACGCAGAAAGAGUUGAGCACUACACUCGAGGACCUCCUCCUAAGAAGAAGGAUGCUUUCUCUUUUGAUGUUGAUAACGAGACUGAGUUUGUGAUGCCUGGAAGUCCCAGCAGAUACAUCCCACGCUCCCAAAGGGUCGUCAAAGGAAAAUCUCUUCAACCCAAGUGUCAACCUAUCCUUGUAAAAACAGAGGAAAAAGCUCUACCAGCACAUUCUUCUCCUGCUCAAGUAACUACCCAAAUAAAGGAGGAAGAGAAGACACCAAGAAGCACUCCUUAUGGCAAGGAGCCAAUGAUAAAAGAAGAGAACAAGCAGGAGUCUAUGUCUCUUCUUUUACCGAAACUUAUUAGGGCUGAGAGAACUAAGAAGCCACCUCGUGCUAUUUGGCCCCGAUGGUACCCACCUACAGGCGAAGGGGAUGACAAGGAUGACAACCGCCCUACAAUUACACUAAAGAGCUCGCCAAGUUUCCCUCUUUCCGGAGUAUCACUUCCGGCUAUUCAGUGUCUGUUGAACCACUUCCGGGUUGUUGCAGAUAAGGAGAAGGAGGAAAAACCGCAAUAUGUUAUUGAUGGCAAACAAAUAGAUCCUGAAGAUGUUAAAGAGGUCAAGAUAAAGAGAGAUACCGGAGAAGAGUGUAUUGUUUCGCUGGAGGAUCUCACCUUUAAAGACAUAAAGUUCGGAGAGGACGACAUCAUACAGAUCGUAACCCGCCAGGAUCUAGAGGAUCAAUACAACAAGCAAAAAUCAGAAUGUUCCAGCAGAAAGAACUCGGACGAGCAGUCUGACUCGGAGAACAAAGAAGGAGCAGAAAAGAAGGAGGCAAGUCCACCAAAACCUGAACCAGUGGAGUAUACACCUGAACAGCUUGAGUACGUUCAAAAACUAAAAGAAAGCUUUGAUUUUCCCUACGCUUUCCCUCGAAACAAGAUGGCAAUGAAGAAAGAGCCACAUGACUAUGAUAUGUAUGACGAGGAGACGUUCCUAAUGAGAUCUCGACUACCGCACUACCGGAGAAAUCCUAUUGUGGAUAAUCAGAUUUUCAGAAAGUUAAUGCUGCAGAAGCGCCCUACUAUUCUCAACAAGAAAGUAAAAGACGGGUUUGGAAACGAUGUAUCCCCAAGUGGUUCCCUGUUUUCAGAGGACCCAAGUGCCGGAAGAAGUCCCGUUACCAGCAGUACUAAUGGAAAUGUUUCUGUGUAUCCAGUCCCUUCUGAGUCACCAUUACGCAACGGAGAGGUCGCUAAAAACUCUAUUCUUCGCCCCAAAGGUUCGAUAAUUAAAUCAAAACUGAUAAAGUGUCACUCACAGGAGAAAGUUGGCCGGAACUGGAAGGAUGAUAGUGAAAUCAAGGCAGCUCGUGACAGGGUUCAAAGUGAGCCUGUCUCAAAGUCUGCUGGACAAAGCAGAGCCCGCACAGCCAGCGACUCUGCUUUGGUUGCGGAGAAACCUGAUCAUGAGUCUCCCUUUCUUCUCUCAGACGACAGUGGAACUGUCUCUGACGGUGGUGGUGAUCUGAUUGAACUGAGGAACCGACCUAGGAAGCGAUUCAGGAAGUUCUCUUCAAGUCGGGAAAGGCUCGGUUCUGGAGGGAGUUCUGAAUGUGACGAAGAAAACGUUAAGCCUGAUCACGUGUACAGGUUCAAGUUCAAGUCGGUUUCGGAGACUCAGGAUUACCCCUACAUGUCUGCCCGACCAUCUUCCCUCCUCAGACUUGUCAAGCUAGAUAAGUGUAAUUAUCCUGUCGGGUGCAGAUCUGCUCCCUUCCUUUUUGACACCAGACCCCUACCCCGUGUCCUGGACCGUGGUCCAUUCGUCCGACAGUACGAUAUAGAGCCCACUAGCGAGAAUGUCUGGUCUGGAGUCAGCUUGUGGGCCGGAGACGACUCCAGCGAUAACAUGAGUGAUACCUCUUCUAAUAACGGUAGCUCUUAUUCAGCCCCUGAAACUCUCAAAUGUCCUACUGAGACAAAGAAACUUCCAGCGAAUCUAAUGAGAAAGAUAGCGUCAGCUGGAAACUCUCCAAUUCGGAGAAGUUCGGAGGGGGCCGUCUCUACUAAAGCUCCAGACAUGUCCGGAUUGGAUAUCCUGUCUUCCGUAGCUUACAACGCGGACAGGUUACGGAACACGCCCACGAAGCGACAGAGAACUCCCAGAAAGCAAUGGCCAGUCGAGCAGCGGACGACUGUGAAACCAGCUCCACUGAACCUACAGGUUCGCCAGAUCAGAGUAGCCAGCAAGAGGAAACCAGAAAACGAGGUAAAUAAGGAGCUGGAACACAGCAAGAGUAGGAAGUUAGACACUUAGAAGCUCAGAGUUUAUGUAAUAUGUACAAAUAUAAGACAUAACAAGACUUCGUGAUAUCGACUUUCUAGAUUCUUGAAGGGUAUAUUUUAAGGUGUUUGUUCUGUUAGUGAUAUUUUAGGGAAGGAUCUCUGUUUAUUUCCGACCGAAUUAAUUUGAUUUUUUAGACCAUAUUAGCAAAAAACAUUUAAACAGAGUUCGUCCCCUAGGUGAUUUUUAUAUCAAAAUUAUCCGUACAAUGAGAUAAAUCAGAAACUCUUCCAUUAUUAUUCAAUUAAUUCAAGUAAAACCUUAAACAUACAAUGAUAAUUGGCAAAUUGCUAUAUUCAAAAACAUUUACUUAUAACAAUAUCUUAACCAGUCUUGCUAUGAUGAUAUUAAGUUAUUAUUUCUUACUUUUUGCUAGACAAGUUUAAAUAUUUCGAGCACAAAUUCCAGAACUUCUUCUCCCGUAUAAAGCUGACAUCAAAUAAGUGUUCUUUGGUUUUGUAGCUUUUCCACAUUUUUACGUUGUUUUGAUACGAAUAUAAUCUAAGUGCUUGUCAAAUGUGGUGAAGUGAAUUUUAUCAAAUAAUUUCAAUGUAGUCCUCUCUUGACAAAUUAAUUUAUCGCUAUUUUAAA